AUGAAACGUGAUGUGAAUGGAACGACUCUACGGACUCUGUACUACCCUCCGGUGAACAGCACAUGUGUGAAGGAAAAUCAGCUGCGCUGUGGUGAACACUCUGAUUAUGGUAGUAUCACUUUGGUCUUCCAAAGCUCAGAGGGUGGACUGCAGGUUCUGAACCGGGCUGGAGAGUUCAUUUCAGCCCCCAGCAUUCCUGGAACAGUUCUGAUUAACAUAGCAGACCUGAUGCAAAGGUGGACCAGUGAUGUCUAUGUGUCUGCCGUUCAUAGGGUUUUGCUGCCCCCUGCAGGUGACUCCAGCACACGUCAGUCUUUGGCCUUCUUUGAUGAUGAGGCUGAUGAGGCCAUCAUUUCAUGCUGCGAUGGAUCAGAUAAAUAUCCUCCUGUUAAUACCUUCUGCAGCCUAUGUCACAAGGUCACCAGCAAGACCUCCCCACACAUUCUUAGCAGCUCAAGCUCUUCUCAGUGUCUGUAA